AUGGGUGUUCUCCUUGCAAGCGACGCAUCAGGCGUCGUCACUCCGGUCAAGCUUAGUGUAGCCCUCCCACUGGCUGUGGUAGCACUGAGCUUUGGCUACUUUGUCUGGAGCUGCAUCUACAAUGUCUUCUUCCACCCUCUCAGCAAGUUCCCGGGCCCCAAACUGGCAGCCAUUUCUCGCAUCCCCUAUUCUCGCAUUCUUCUCAACGGAGUUGGUCACCGCGCGGUGUUAGAUCUUCACAUCAAGUAUGGUCCCAUUGUCCGUGUGGCUCCCGACUUCCUCUCCUUCAGCCACCCCGACGCCAUGAACGACAUCCGUGGUCAUCGCAAAGCCGGACAGCCAGAGCAUCGCAAGGAUCCUUUCCGCCAGGAGCUGAACGUGCACAACAUUAUUGGCGCCGACCGCCACGCUCACACUCGCUUCCGACGAGCUCUCGCAAACGGAUUCUCUCACCAGGCCAUGCUGGACCAGGAGCCCAUCAUCAGCGACUACGUCGAGCAGCUCAUGGAGUCCCUUGAAAAGCAAUCCGAAGGAGGAUCGAAGCCAGUUGACAUGGUUCGAUGGUUCAACUACACUACGUUCGACAUCAUUGGCGACUUGGCCUUUGGCGAGCCAUUCGGCUGUCUGCAGAGCUCCAAAUACGACCCUUGGAUUCAACUGCUGUUCGAGAGUGUCAAAGCCUUGGUUUGGUUGGGAGCGCUCAAGCAUUUUGAAAUGAUUCCCCGGUGGGUUAUCAAGUAUGUCAUGCCCAAGGGGCUACAGGAAAAGUACGCAGAGAACCAGCGUCUUUCCACCAUGAAGGUUCAGAAGCGUCUCGAGACUGGUUCCAACCGACCUGAUUUCAUUACUUCAAUGACUGCGAAGCGUAACGGAGAGUGUCUCACUUUCGAGGAGCUCACAGCUAAUGCCUCCAUCCUCAUCAUCGCCGGUUCUGAGACCACCGCCACGGCUUUAUCUGCAGUAGCCUACUUCCUGAGUCUGCAUCCGGAGGUCCAAGCAAAACUUGCCCAGGAAGUGCGGUCGACGUUUAGCAGCCCUCAAGAGAUUACCAUUACGAGUGUCCAGCAUCUUACGUAUAUGCUCGCGGUAAUUGACGAGGCCAUGCGCCUGUACCCUCCUGUUGUAGCCGGUUUGACGCGCCUCAUUUCUGAGGGCGGUGCUAUCGUUGCUGGCGAAUACGUUCCCGAAGGUACCUAUGCGGAAGUUUGGCAGUGGCCUUUGUUCCACAACCCAAACUACUGGAAGCAGCCUGAAGAGUUCAUUCCCGAACGCUGGCUCGGCGACCCUAGGUUUGCAAGUGACAAGCGAGAGGCAUUCCAGCCAUUCUCUACCGGUCCCCGUAACUGUGUUGGCAAGAAUCUUGCGUACUCUGAGAUGCGUCUCAUCUUGGCUCGUGUAAUCAUGCAAUACGAUCUCAAGGCUGCUGAAGGAACUGAGGGCUGGGACUCCAGAAGCAAGGCUUUCACCCUGUGGGAUAAAGGCCCUGUGAAUGUUUAUAUGAUCCCGAGAAAGACGGAGUGA